AGAUGAGGGCGCUCGGGUGAAUCUGAAUCUCGCUUGUCAGUGCCAUUGGGAAUGCUGCACAAGCUGCAUUCAGUAUUCGCCGAGGUUUUUGGGAAACGUAAUAGUUCUUCCGCCAGGUGCGCACGAAUGGACUUUGCUUCCGUAGCUUCCUCGGACUCGCUGGACGUGGCGAAUCUACCGUGGUGGCACAGUGGUUGGGCGCGCAAGGCCCCAACGUGCAGCUUGUGUAAUCUGCUGUGGGAAGGACGUCUGGGUUUCUUGGGCCGCUAGUCAUGGCGGCGACAGCCCCCAGUGCCGGGGGCCCCGCGCCCGAGGCGGCCGGCUCCGCCGAACCCCCGCUGCAGUACAGCCUUCUUCUGCAGUACCUGGUGGGUGACAAGCGUCAGCCCCGGGUCCUGGAGCCCGGAAGCCUGGGCGGGAUCCCGAGUCCGGCCAAGAGUGAGGAGCAGAAGAUGAUCGAGAGAGCGAUGGAAAGCUGCGCCUUCAAGGCAGCGCUGGCCUGCGUGGGAGGAUUUGUCUUGGGAGGUGCAUUUGGGGUGUUCACUGCCGGCAUUGAUACCAAUGUAGGCUUUGACCCUAAGGAUCCUUACCGGACGCCGACAGCAAAAGAAGUUCUUAAAGACAUGGGACAGAGAGGAAUGUCCUACGCCAAAAAUUUUGCCAUUGUGGGCGCCAUGUUUUCUUGCACUGAGUGUUUGGUAGAAUCUUACCGGGGAAAAUCAGAUUGGAAGAACAGUGUAAUUAGUGGCUGCAUCACUGGAGGAACCAUUGGUUUCAGAGCUGGCUUAAAGGCUGGGGUCAUUGGUUGUGGAGGUUUUGCUGCUUUCUCUGCUGCAAUCGAUUAUUAUCUGCGGUGAGAGUGAUUGCCUCCGGGGAAGGAUACCAGCCCAAGAUCCGAGCGGUUCUCUGGAGGACAUUUUCUGCACCACUCCAGAGCACUGCUUCAGAGACUGAAGGCAUUUGUUCUCCCUCAUCGUUGGGUGUUGUGAGGGAGCCGCCUGGCCGCGAUCUGCCUCCGGCGUCUGAGCAGCCACACUUUCUGCUCCUGGACCCCAGCCAGGCGGCACAGGGGGUGUGCUGUGCUAGCUUCUUUCUUCUGAGCAGAUCAGGACUCAGCAUAUUGACCUGGAGGAACUCAGGUCCACAAAGGUUCAGCCCUCACCACACCUGGCCCUUUGGUUGUUUGGUGUUGGGGGAACAGAGGUGACCUUAUGUAGCCCCAGGAAGCUGUUCUGCCUUGGAACUCCAUGCGGUCAUCCGUGUCACCUAUCAGGGUAGGGCAAGGUCAAUGUAUGCCUUCUGACCAGUUAUGUCAUUUGGUUUAGCGUUUUGCUAUCCUUGUUUUAAAAACACAUAUAUAUUUAUAUUACAGUUCCAAAAGUUGGUUUAUUUUUAUUUUCAAAUUCCACAAUUCCCAAAAAUGGUGCCAGGUGGCCCAGAGAUGGAACAUCCAAAGGGACAAAGGGAGGAAGCUCCUGAGCAGUCGGGGAAUGUUCGAUUCUCAGGUUUGUAGAGGGGUGGUGUUAUCCUCACGAGAUUGUUACAUCAGCCAGGGCCUUCCUCCCAGAAGGCAGCCUAGUCACUUCCAAAGAUGCGUGGAAAUUUCAUGCAUAAGCCGCACUGGCUUCUUCUAGAAACCCUCCUGUGGGCUGGCUGACAGGAAUGUCUGCAGUCUGAACCAUAUACUGGUUUUAUGCUCUGCCCACUGGACCAGCUCUGGCUCAGGCCUACGUGUGAGGGGUCCUGCAAUGAUUGUCCUGAUGACUAAAUCACAGCAGCUGCUGGGUAAGAGCAGACAUGGAGGACGGGCUGUUCACCGGCCCCCCAUUCUCUGGUAUGUGUUCUGUUUUGAACAUAUUAGUGUUUUUGACUAACAACAGAGGCUCAGCCUAGUUGUGUGCCAUAGGCAAAAAAAAAGCCUUUUAUGUUUGGGAUUUGCCCCAGGUGCUGCUUUAUUCUGGUGGUUUGAUGGCAAGAUGAAGUUGAUGUUCUCAGGCUUUUGCCCCGAGGGGCGGGCAGGUAGUCUUGGCGGGGCCCACGUAAUUCUGCUGCCUUCAGCCAGUGGUAACAUCUCCUUUUUUCUACUGUACGUAACUUUUUUGCCUUUUUUUUUCCCCUUCCCCUUUGUCUGCUGUGCUCUAGCCCACCCACCCGUAACCAGAAUGCAGAGUUAGCCGAACUGUCCGGGCAUCCCGCGUGUGUGUGUGUGUGUGCGCGCGUGUGCGUGCGCGUGUGUCGGAGUGAUCAUGUCAAACCCAGCCGGUCACACCUUCCCCUGGCCAUGGCUGCUGUCUCCUUUGGAAUGAAUGUGAGCUAGUUAGUACACAGCACUCAUGGCCUUUUAUGGUGAAUCCUAUAUAAUGCCCGUCCCAGUCCCACAGGCAUGAGGCGUCAGGGCUGCUAGGCUGGCUGGAGUGUCCUCAGAGGUCUGAGAACAGAUUUAGAAGUGUCUCCUACACUGUCCCUAAGUUAGUCACUUAUAAGCACUUCUAGAGCAAGAGCAGACACUCCUACCUGGCACCUGUCAAAGUGCUAGGAUGCCCGGCCUCUCCUAUCAGCCAGUCUCGUACGUGAGGUCAGAUACACUGAACUACUGAACACAAGACGUGCUGCUCUCACCACUGCCUUGGAAAAGAUGAGCCCCGGGGCUGUCAGUAGCCAUCAGUUCAAUAAGUGAAGCAUUGUCCACAUUGACGAUUCAAUCAGGAGAGGAGAUGAAUAGUUUCCUGUUUUACAUGGCUAAGGAGUCAGUAUGAGCUCAUAAACCAAACACCAAUUUUCAGAGACAUCUGUUCCUGAUCUCCAGAAUAAACAUAUUAUCCAACGGCUUUUGCUGGUGGGAGCCUACAUUAACCCCACGGGUUCCCCGAAAGGGAAACAGCCCUCUAGGGGACCCAGCCUCUCUGUAAGCAGAUGAGGCCAAAAGGCGGCCCCAAAGAUGAGCCACUUCCAAGGAAAAUGCACAGAAAAGUUGACAUAAAACAAGAAGCCUCCACUUGAAUGGCCAACUUCCUGCCAUCUCUCUGAGGCAAACGUGUUCAGGUCCCUGGCGGGACAUUGGUACUUCAUGAAAGGGACUGGCUGGUGACUGACCUGAAGGCCUCUGUGAAGGGCAAGGACGGGGCUGGGGCUCACCUCCCCCCAAACUGCCACAGUCGCCACAGGCCA